CGGUAAUCGAAGUUUUGCAGAACGUUCUCGGCUUUUGGCUGAUUCCAGAAAAUACCAUACGAUUCCUUCACGUUUAUCACGCGUGUUUAAAAUCAAACGUGCCGUCUCGUCUUCUCCAGCAGUGCGAAUCUAGACAUCAUUCAAUUCACCCUCUCGUUUUCAACACUGCAAUCUAUAUUUAACUUUCUUGUUGGCUCUCGCCGCGUAUGUUCCAGUAUCUAGUCAGUCAACAUCAUGACAGCCAACGAACAAACCAGCAUGGAAGUUGAUCAACCCAUUGUUCAAGAUUCUUCGAAAACAGAGCCCUACACACCUGGCCCAUCAGCCGUUGAUCUCACUCCAGACAAGGAUGGUGGUGUUUUGAAGGAAAUCAAGCAGGCAGGCACUGGUGAUGAAACUCCUCCUCUGGGCAGCUCAGUCUAUGUCCACUACACAGGCACUUUGACGAAUGGCAACAAAUUUGAUUCCAGUCGGGACAGAGGAGAGAAAUUCAAAUUCAACCUCGGCAAAGGUAGUGUAAUUAAGGCAUGGGACCUUGGUGUUGCCACCAUGAAGCGUGGUGAGGUGGCAGUCUUGUAUUGUAAAGCCAAUUAUGCCUAUGGUGAAAACGGAAGUCCACCUAAAAUUCCCCCUAAUGCCACAUUAGUGUUUGAGGUUGAGUUGUUUGAUUGGAAGUUAGAAGAUCUCACCAAAGCAAGUGAUGGAGGAAUUUUAAGACAAACCUUGAAAGUUGGCGGUGGUUAUUCAAGUCCUAAUGAAGAGGCACUUGUCGAAGUUUCACUGGUCGGUCGACACGGGGACACGGUAUUUGAUCAACGUGAGUUAAGCUUCAACCUUGGAGAAGGUUUAGAGCACAACAUUCCCGACGGUGUUGAACAGGCUCUAUUGAAAUUCAAGAAGCAAGAGAGGAGCUUGCUUAAGUUGACACCUGCAUACGGUUUCGGCACUGCAGGUAACGAGCAACUCGGCGUCCCACCCAACGCCAACCUCGAAUACGAGGUUGAACUCAAGAGCUUUGAAAAGGCCAAAGAGAGUUGGAGCAUGGACGCCGAAGAGAAGCUGGAACAGGCUAAACUCUGCAAGGAAAAAGGAACCAAUCAUUUCAAAACUGCCAAAUACGCUCUGGCCAACAAACAGUACUCCAAGAUUGUCACCCUCCUCGAGUUUGAAAAAACUCUUAAAGACGAGAAAGCUACGGAGCGAGAACAGCUCAUGCUGGCAGCAUACCUCAAUCAGGCCAUGUGCUGUUUAAAGUUAAAUGAUUUCUGUGCAACUCGUGAUCAUUGCCACAAGGCGCUCGAGAUGGACCCGAAAAAUGAAAAGGGUUUAUUCCGCAUGGGCCAGGCACUCUUGGGCAUCCACGAGCCGGAAGAAGCCAAGAAACAUUUCGAGGCGAUUCUACAAUUUGAUUCGAACAACAAGGCGGCCGCCAAUCAAGUGGUGAUCUGCAACGCCAAGAUUCGCGAGCAACGCGAAAAGGACAAGAAAUUGUACUCUAGCAUUUUCAACAAGAUGGCCGAAAACGAUCGACAGGUAAGCGAAAAGAAUGGAGGCAAAUGGCUUUACGGUUGGUGGGACGAGUCGACGAAGGGUGUCCAGCUAGACGUUGAUCUGGCUCAAAUUGAACGAGAUAAACAAGAAGCUGUGGAACAGUUAAAGGCCGAUCGUAGGAAGAGCCAAGCAGAUUUCUUCAAGCGUUACGGGGGCAGGAAACCCAACAUCGUGUCAGUCAACGGGAAGCCGCUAAAUUUGAAUGAAGAUGAGGGUGAAGAAGAAGAUGACAAAAGCUCUUCGGACCACCAAAAUGCGGAGUCGACAGAAACACCAUCAGAACCAUCAAAUGAGCCAUCCAACGAUCUUCAAAGCCUUGCGGAACAAGGCGAUGGAAAUGCCGGAACCAACGCAGUGGGACAAUGAAGACUCGGAGAACACGACCGCCGUUGAAUUGAAAGAUCCUUUGGACUCUGUGCCAUGUACAGAGUCGGAAGACUCCGAAGGGUCGGAUGAAAACUAAUCUUGAUUAUCGUCAUUGUGAUUCCCGACCCAUUUUUUUGAAAUUUAAUUACCGAGAAUUGAUUGUGUUUUUCUCUCAUGCCUGUUCUCUCUGUUGUUAUAACACAACAACUUCAAACUAUACAACUUCUAAACCAAAACAGUACUAAGGACAUAUUCAAUUGAUUGUGUAAUUAUCGACUGCCCUCAAUCGUAAAACAUAUCUCAUCUUAAAAAAAUAAAAAUGGUGAAUUUGA